AUCAUUGGCAAACUGACUGCCUCCGAAGGCAGCUGAAAACCAGGGGAAGACAAUUCUCUGCAGUCAACUUAUUUCUUUUGUUGUUUUUAAAAUCAUACUGUUGCAUUGUUUUUCUUUACAUCAUGAUAAUCGGUAUUUCUGUGCUGCAGGGAAUGGACUUAAAGUAGAAGACUGGGUGUUGUUCUAGAUUAUGACCUCAACCAAGAACAAUCGCUACAACCGUUUCUCUGGAGGUGCCGCGAACAUACCUGUGAUAGACAAUACCAGCAUUACAAGGAUGGAAACUACUUUUGGUCCAGCGUAUUCUACUGUUACAACCAUCACUAAAGCUGAUGGGACAAAUACCUUCAAGCAGCAUCGACGGACCCCGUCAUCGUCCAGCACCUUGACCUAUUCACCAAGGGAUGAGGAUGAUGUAAUGCCUCCUAUCAGUACUCCACGUCGGUCAGACUCAGCGAUAUCUGUUAGGUCUCUACACUCAGAAUCCAGUAUGUCCCUACGAUCUACAUUUUCUCUGCACGAAGAGGAAGAUGAGCAGGAACCAUUGGUUUUUGCAGAACAGCCUUCGGUGAAGUUAUGCUGCCAACUUUGUUGCAGUGUGUUCAAGGAUCCUGUCAUCACAACAUGUGGACACACAUUUUGUAGAAGGUGCGCCUUAACAUCUGAAAAGUGCCCUGUUGACAAUGCAAAGCUGACAGUUGUAGUUAAUAACAUAGCUGUGGCUGAGCAGAUUGGAGAGUUGUUUGUCCAUUGUAAAUAUGGCUGCCGGCCAGGUUCAAAUGGAAAACCAGGGGCCUUUGAAGUUGACCCACGUGGAUGUCCCUUCACUGUUAAAUUGAGUGGUAGAAAAGACCAUGAGGGCAGCUGUGACUACCGACCAGUUCGUUGUCCUAACAAUCCAAAUUGUCCCCCGCUCUUAAAAAUGAACCUUGAUGCUCAUCUUAAAGAAUGUGAACACAUUAAAUGUCCUCACUCCAAGUAUGGAUGCACGUUUGUUGGAAAUCAGGACACCUAUGAAGCCCACCUGGAGGUGUGCAAGUUUGAAGGUAUUAAGGAGUUCCUGCAGCAAACUGAUGACCGCUUUCAUGAGAUGCAAGUAGGCCUGGCUCAAAAAGACCAAGAGAUUGCCUUCCUUCGGUCAAUGCUUGGGAAACUCUCUGAGAAACUUGACCAGUUGGAGAAAUCACUGGAGCUAAAGUUUGAUGUUUUGGAUGAGAACCAAAGUAAACUCAGUGAGGAUCUAAUGGAGUUCCGAAGAGACGCAUCAAUGCUAAGUGAUGAGCUUUCACACAUCAAUGCCAGGUUAAACAUGGGAAUCCUGGGCUCUUAUGACCCUCAGCAAAUAUUUAAGUGUAAGGGUACCUUUGUGGGCCAUCAGGGUCCAGUUUGGUGUUUAUGUGUCCACUCUACUGGCGAUCUGCUCUUCAGUGGCUCUUCAGAUAAAACUAUCAAGGUAUGGGAUACAUGUACGACAUACAAAUGUCAGAAGACUCUGGAAGGACACGAUGGUAUAGUUUUGGCUCUGUGCAUUCAAGGGAACAAGUUAUACAGUGGCUCUGCAGAUUGCACAAUAAUUGUUUGGGAUAUUCCAGCUUUGCAAAAAGUCAAUACCAUCAGAGCACAUGACAAUCCAGUUUGCACUUUGGUAUCGUCUCACAAUAUGCUCUUCAGUGGCUCACUCAAAGCUAUUAAGGUCUGGGAUAUUGUGGGAACAGAUCUAAAUCUGAAGAAAGAACUCACCGGUUUGAAUCAUUGGGUGCGUGCGCUGGUGGCCUCUCAAAACCAUCUUUACAGUGGAUCCUACCAGACUAUCAAGAUCUGGGACAUAAGGACUCUAGAGUGUGUGCAUGUACUGCAGACUUCUGGUGGUAGUGUAUACUCCAUCGCAGUUACUAACCACCACAUUGUGUGUGGAACCUAUGAAAAUCUUAUCCAUGUAUGGGAUAUAGAAUCAAAAGAACAGGUUCGAACGCUGACUGGCCAUGUAGGCACAGUGUAUGCGUUGGCUGUAAUUUCAACACCAGACCAGACCAAGGUCUUCAGUGCAUCCUAUGAUCGAUCACUUAGGGUUUGGAGUAUGGACAACAUGAUCUGUACACAGACAUUGCUCCGUCACCAAGGCAGUGUUACUGCUCUUGCUGUGUCCAGAGGGCGACUCUUCUCCGGUGCUGUGGACAGUACAGUUAAAGUCUGGACCUGUUAGGACACGAGGUUGUAUUAAAUGUUUGGAACGUUCUCCUGUGGCUCACCUUUUAGAUUUAUUUUGGAAUGGAAGUGAUGCCACUGCAACUUAGUGCCACAGUGCAAUCUGUUCUAAGAUUGCUAUCUGAUUUCAAGACUGACCAAUAUGGCAUGCUUUCUACAAUAGUGAAAACCAUUGCACUACAAUGGGGAAAAUCAUGCUCUGAUAUUGUCAGUUUAUAAAGUUAACAGUGUUCUUAAUGAAUUGAUUGGAGACAGUAGGAGAGCAGAAGGCUUAAAUACACACUGUGGAAUAGCUUUGGAAAACUUUUUAUGGGUUGAAGAUUUUGCAUGUGUGUGUGUUUGUGAAAAUUGCUGGGAAAUUUCUGUAGUUCAUUUCAGAGCUUCAGCUACAAAUUGUCCACUGCAGCAUUGGAGGUGACUUACCUUCCAGUAGACUGGCAGUCUCUGCCUAUCACUUUAGAGAUGCUGAUUUAGAUAGAGUGACAAGCGCACACACAUGCACACGCACAAUUUUGUGGGCCGCAGCGAAGUAAGUGAUUCAACUGAUGCAUUUGCUAACCUUAAUUUGACCUGUGUUUACUUCUACAAGAAUAAAUUGUAAUAUAAUAAGGUAGGCAGAUUAUUAAGCUGUGAUCCUCUUACCUUCUGAAUGCUGCCUUAAAAGAAUUGUAAUGAAACAGCUGUAAUGAGGUACGAUUUUUCCAUCACUAUUUCCUCUCAAAGGCAAAUUCCAUAUUCCAAAGUUCUACUUUUGCCAACGUACUUGUGGCUGAGGCAUAAGAACAAUUUCACAUUGAAAGUAAUAUAUACUGCUGCUAAAUUUUGACUUGUUUUAUAGCGAUUUAUAAAACAAAAUCGCUGUGUAAUUGUUGUAAUAAUGAAUUAAUAAGGCUUUAAACCUAGACUGUUCCAGAACAAGCUUACUGCAAUCAGUGUUGUACAUUUAUUGAUCUUCAACAUGCAGUAUAUGAAUUUUAAUACUGUAGAAUGAUUAAGUAGACCUGACUAGAAGUACAGGACCUUCUGAAGAAAAUGUAAGCUCCUUUUGCGUUGUUUUCAAAAUUGUAACUGUAUAAAGUCUUCCUGCUCCCAUUAUUUGACUCCCUAAAAUACCUUCAUAGGGCUUCUCUGAAGAUUCACCAAGUUAAUGGACGACAUGAUGUGGUACUGAGCUCCAUUAUCUGAGACUUUCUCUAUGUCAGUCCCUGCUGAUUAGCUUCUGGUUAGCUGGGUAAGCAGUCACCGUGCUAGCUGACUUCUAGCUAAGCAAGGCAGAGCCCAAAAUUAUCCAGGCUUCCCACUCUUGACUGUCAUGCAAUGAUCAUUUUUAAAAGUCAUAUGGAUUUCAGGUCAUAGAAUCCCAACCGUGUGAAAGCCAGCCAUUCAGCCCAUUGUGUCCGCACAACCUGCUGAAGAGAAUUCCACCCAUACCAACACCGUCCCUGUAACCCUGGCUAAUCCAACUAGCCUGCACAUCCUUGGACACUACGAGCAAUUUAACAUAGCCAAUCCACUUAACUUGCACAUCUUGGACUGUGGAAGGAAACUGGAGC